CCUAGCUAGCUGUUUUAGCUCGAAAGAGAGAAGAAGACCAAAGCUCAUCAUCACCAGCAGAGCUCUCCCGCAGUGCUACAAAUUUACAAUGCCAAUGCUGAGAGAGAGGUCUCUCCUAUACGCCGAGAAUCUGACACCCCCAUCGGUUAUAGUGAUGACUGCAAACAUGGGAUGUGAUCGUUGUCGGCAGAGAGUCUCCCAAGUUGCUUCAAAGAUGACUGGAUUGGAAGAAUGUACUGUGGAUGUGCAAAAUCGACGAGUAACCAUGAAAGCAGAGUUCGGAUUUCAGUGGAAAGCAAAACCAGGUGCUCCUAAGAGCAAGAUGAACAAAGAACUUCGUCCAUUAACCUACUUACUCAAACCUUUCAGAGGAACUUGUUUUGGCAACCACUUGGCCAAUUGAUCGUGAAAGUGUCAAGUGUGUCAAAUCAAUCCCUCAAUAUUGAUAAAUUCUGUUCCAAAUUCUGAUGAACAUUGUGCAUAACAUCAUCGGUUUUGUUUACCUUAAU